AUGCAAGCGGCACCAGCCACCCGGCCAUCUACAGUGAAUUCUCACGCCGACCCGGAAAACAUCACCGGCGGACCGUAUAGAGGAGCGCACAGCACCCCCAAAAUCCAUGUCGUCAUCCAAAAGCCCGAAACCGACGAAUUGGCGGGAGAGGAAGAGUUCAAGGCCUCGUGGCGCCUUUGGGUCAUUAUCAUUGUUAUCAUGGUUCUGUCCUUGACCUCAGGUCUUGAUUCAACAAUUAUCACCACCUCCUUGCCGACCAUCGCCCGCGAUAUUGGCGGCGCCAGACAAUACGUCUGGAUCGCCAACAUCUUUGGACGACGCAACCCUUUAUUCGUAGCGAUCGCUCUGUUUGCCCUCGGAAGUGGUAUCGGGGGCGGCGCGACGAACGUGGCCAUGCUGAUCGCCGGCCGUGUCGUACAGGGUUUCGGGACUGGUGGCAUCGCUGUCCUCCCGGAGAUUAUUAUCUGUGACCUGAUCCCUCCUCGCUCCCGCGGGCCGUGGCUCAGCAUCACCAUGUCGGGAGCCGCUAUUGGGACUACGCUUGGCCCCAUUAUCGGCGGAACACUUGCUGAGAGGAACUGGCGCUGGAUCUUCUGGCUCAACCUCCCCAUCUCAGCAGUGAGUUGCAUUGUGAUAUUCUUCGCCUUAAACGUACAGUAUACGCGAAGCCCGACCUGGAAGAGCGCUCUCGCCCGUGUCGACUUCUUUGGAACAGCCAUCUUUGUCCCCUCCUUGGUUUCGCUAUACUUCGGCCUCAUCAUGGGCGGCACUACGGGCUAUCCUUGGUCGUCGUGGCGUAUAAUAAUGCCUAUCGUUCUGGGUAUCGCUGGCUGGAUUGCCUUUCAUUUUCACCAAGCUUCCCGAUUCUGUCGCGAGCCUACUAUGCCACCGCAUCUGUUCAAAUCCCGCACAUCGGUUGCAAGUUUUCUCCUCAUCUUCUUAGCAUCUAUUACCCUCCAGGCCGUCAACUACUUUCUACCCGUCUAUUUCCAGGGUGUCAAGGGUACCUCGGCCCUUCAGUCUGGCGUGAAUUACUUGCCAUUCGCUCUCGCCAUUAUUCCUUUUGGUAUCAUAUCUGGGGUUAUCCUUUCGAAGACCGGCAGAUACAAGAUAUUGCACUGGGCUGGCUUUUCCCUGAGUGCUAUUGGUCUUGGGUUAUUUUCCACGUUCCGCGCCGACUCCACCGUGGGGGCCUGGAUUGGAUAUCAGGUGCUUGUGUCCGGAGGUGCUGGCUUCAUCUUCACAGCAACGCUGCCCUCUACGCUUGCAGCCUUGCCGGAGUCGUACGUGGCGACUGCGACAGGCACGUACGCAUUCGUGAGGUCCCUGGGCUUUGUCUGGGGUGUCACCAUGUCUUCCAUUGUGUUCAACGGCCAGGUUAAUGAUAAUUUGGACAUUAUCGAUAAUGUCGACCUACGAAGACUGCUAGCUGACGGUGCCGCAUAUACUUUUGCCGCCGGUAGCAGCGAUGCCGACUCCGGCGUUAGAAAUCUGCCUGACCCAAGCAGAAGUCAGGUAAUUGAGGUGUACGAGAGGUCCCUAAGUGUCGUAUGGUUGGCAUUUGUUGGUAUCUCGUGCUUGGGCUUUCUUGCUACCUUUAUUGAAAAACAUAUUGAACUACGUGAAAGCAACGAGACAGAGUUUGGUCUCAAAAAGAGCACAAAUACGCCUGAUCUUGUAAAGGCUGAAGAUGGUAUCCUAUCAACGGCCAAGACAGAAAAGGCUGCUCCUUGA